UUGCAUAUAUAAAGCUUGAACGCACUGUAGCUAGGAGGAAGUGGAAUUACGACAUCAAGACGUUGAAAAGAUGAAAAGAACGAUCUUUUUGCUAGUUUUAGCAGCAGUGAUUGCUAAUUCGUUGAUUCAGGAGGGRAAUGCUGGUAAUUAUUGUAGUGGUAAAGGCGAUGGCAACUAUCCAGACCCUGACAACUGCAACGGGUACAUCAGCUGUGUUGAUAGUAGAAUUGUUUACAAGAGGCCGUGCCCAAAGGGACUGGUAUGGAGUGACAGUGUUAAACGUUGUGAAUGGCCGAGUAAAGCAAAGCCACCAUGCCGUCAAGGAUGUCUCGGAAACAAGUUAUCAAAGCUCAGCUGUGGCGUUCUAACACGCGAUGGUGAUUGCAAACAUUCUUUCAUUAGAAAAUUGUGUUGUAGGUCAUGUGGUUAGAAGGGCUGAAGGCCAUCAAGACGACAACCAUCUAACUACUAAAGUCAGAGUUUAAAUUAGACUAGUUCUCCAUCCAGCCUAGAAUAUUUCAUAAAACAAUCAUCGUGAUUUCGAGUCAUGUAGAUUCGUUAAAAGAUAACYGGAAAAGUUUGAAAUGAAUUUCUCUUGGAACA